AUGGUGCUUGUGCAGGAGCUCCACGAACGCUAUCUAUGGGUGGACCGUCUUUGCCUCAUCCAAGAUAAUCUCUCAAAGCAUGACGGCAUUCGGAAUAUGGGGUCGAUCUACUCCCACGCACUUUUGACCAUCAUCGCACUCAGCGGGGAGGAUGCCAAUCACGGUUUACCAGGCGUCUUUCCUGGUUCUCGGCCGCCGCAAAUGAUCCAACGAGUCAAGGGAGUCCACUUGAUGCCCGCACUUCCAGAUCUUCAAUAUGCCCUGGAAGCCUCCCUCCAUACCACCCGUGGAUGGACGUUCCCAGAAGUUCUACUCUCUUCUAGACGCCUCUUUGUGUCCGAUCGACAGGUAUAUUUCAAUUGUCAAAAGGGAAUCGUUCGCGGCGAGGAUUCCUGCCAGGAGCACGACCCCUCUUUCGAAGCAGUGUACGGGCUAGCAAGUCAGUCAGGACUCUAUGGGGGUCUGGUCAAGAGCUAUACCCGGCGCAGCUUAACUUACGACACUGAUAUUGUAGAUGCAUUUUCCGGCAUAUCAUCCUUGCUGUCUCGCGAGGAUCAGAUGAAUCGCCGGGGGGAGCUCGCUGCGGGCCUUCCUUUGCUCAACUUUCUUCCGCACCUUCUUUGGGUCCCUGAGAAUUCUCUGGUCCGAAGGCCGCCGAGAACCAGCGACCAGCUUGAAGAUCACUUUCCCAGCUGGUCUUGGAUAGGCUGGAGAGGUCCCGUAUCUUACGAGCUUCUUCGAUUAACUUCAACCAUUCCCAGGCGGCCACUCAAAAGCUUCCUUGCUCCAUGCCCGAUGAAGUAUAUACAACCAAAUGGGACCCAAGCAAUUGUAUAUCAGCCGGACCAAGGGGCCGAAAGAAACCGGUGCUCGUGUACGACCUGGAAACGCAUCAACCAUGAUCCUCACGCAGGCAUGCCUACCAGCUUGGAUGAACUGGCAGACCCUAUCGUCACUCACCUGAGAGGACGGCAUAUACUUCGAUUUCGUACUCUCACUCUUCCAGCGGCUUCCUUCUCCUGCAUGGAAGAAGAAGACGAUGGUGACGGUGAAGAUGCCUCGGACUGUCCCCGUCUCCUCUACCACGGCCAAGUAUGCGGAAGCAUUAUCGGCCAGCCCUCUGCCGACGUGGCUAGUAAUUUACCCCGAUAUAAGUGGAUUCUUCUGUGUUAUGUCCAGGGUCUCGUUUUCAUUAUCUUCGACCUCAUGAGGAUGCGGGGAAUUGACCAUGAUUCGGAAAAUCCAGAGUCCUGUCGCUGCGUGUUAUUCUUUCUACUUGUUGAGCCCCGGGAAGGACUCUGGGAGCGAGUGGCAUUGGCUAUUAUGAAUCCGGGGGUUUUUGAGGGCACGAAUUUCCAGUGGGAGGAUAUUCAAUUGGCCUAA